UGCUGAUAUGCGUUUCUUGACCUUGAAAAUAACCUACCCUUAAUGAACCUUGAAAAGUUCACUCGUCACCCUUUCCUUCUCUCUUAUAUAUUCUCACAUGAUACAGACAACAAUGAACCCCCCUCUCUCUCUCUCUCUCUCUGGAAGCUUUCUUUUCAGUUUCAAUGGCAAUUCCGACAUCGUUUCUCACUUUAAAAACAAAGAAAGCCAACCUCUAUAGACUUACACUCACCACAAUCCUAUGCACUGUCUUUUACUUCAUAGGUUUCUACCAAAAUUCCCGUGGCAAUAUCCCUCUCGUCAAUCCAUCUUCCUCCACCUCCAUAUUCUCCUGCGCUCCACCAAUUCGUAACGCCACCCUCGACUUCUUACCUCACCACUACGCCCCUGACCCUCCGCUCACGUGGGCGCGUGUAUCUUACCUCCCUCCAUGCGACCCCAAAUACUCUGAGUACACCCCAUGCGAGGACGUUCAUCGUUCCCUGAAAUUUGACAGGGGCAGAUUGAUAUACAGAGAGAGACACUGCCCAGAAAAGAACGAGCUUUUAAGGUGUCGUGUGCCUGCUCCGUUUGGCUACAGGGUGCCGUUUAGAUGGCCGAUGAGUAGAGAAUUUGCUUGGUAUGCUAAUGUUCCUCAUAAGGAAUUGACGGUGGAGAAGAAGAAUCAGAACUGGGUUCGGUUCGAGGGGGACCGGUUCAGGUUCCCUGGUGGCGGAACAAUGUUUCCUCGCGGGGCUGAUGCGUAUAUUGACGAUAUUGGCAAGUUGAUCAAUCUAAAAGAUGGGUCAAUAAGGACCGCCAUUGAUACUGGUUGCGGGGUUGCAAGCUUUGGAGCUUACCUUCUUUCAAGGAAUAUUGUGACAAUGUCAUUUGCUCCGAGAGACACCCAUGAAGCUCAGGUCCAAUUUGCUCUGGAACGUGGAGUUCCUGCUUUGAUUGGAGUUUUCGCUUCGAUUAGGCUACCUUACCCUUCAAGAGCUUUUGACAUGGCUCAUUGCUCUCGUUGCCUCAUUCCUUGGGGCCGAUAUGAUGGACAGUACUUAAUUGAAGUUGAUCGAGUUCUUCGUCCAGGUGGGUACUGGGUUCUCUCUGGGCCACCGGUUAACUGGGAAAAACAUUGGAAAGGCUGGAGUAGAUCGCCUGAAGAUCUUAAAGCAGAGGAGUCUUCGAUUGAGAAAGUAGCCAAAAGUUUAUGCUGGAAAAAAUUGAUGCAAAAGGAUGACCUUUCUAUUUGGCAAAAACCCACCAAUCACAUCCAUUGUAUAGCCAAACGGAAGGUGUACAAGCAGCCUCUCUUUUGCCAGUCACAAGAUCCUGACAAGGCAUGGUACACCAAAAUGGAGACCUGUUUAACUCCACUGCCAGAGGUAUCGGACAUAAGAGAGAUAGCAGGUGGGCAACUAGCAAAAUGGCCGGAGAGAUUGACCGCAAUCCCUCCAAGGAUUAGCAGUGGAAGUGUGAAUGGAAUUACUCCAGAAAUUUUCACUGAAAAUACAGAGAUAUGGGAGAAAAGAGUAGCACAUUACAAGGAAGUUGACCAUCAGCUAGCAGAGCUGGGGCGGUAUCGUAACAUGCUUGAUAUGAAUGCUUACUUGGGAGGUUUUGCAGCUGCACUAGUGGAUGAUCCUGUGUGGGUUAUGAACGUUGUCCCAGUGGAAGCGGAUGUCAAUACUUUAGGGGUCAUCUAUGAACGUGGGUUGAUUGGAACCUAUCAAAAUUGGUGUGAAGCCAUGUCAACUUAUCCAAGGACUUAUGACUUGAUUCAUGCUGAUUCAGUUUUCAGCCUUUAUAAGGACAGAUGUGAAAUGGAAGAUAUUCUGUUGGAAAUGGAUAGGAUUUUAAGGCCAGAAGGUAGUGUAAUAAUUCGAGAUGAUGUAGAUAUCUUGCUAAAAGUCAAGAGCAUCGUAAAUGGGAUGCAAUGGGAUGUCAUAAUUGCAGAAAAUGAAAGGAGUGCUCAUGCGAGGGAGAAGGUUCUUUUUGCAGUUAAGCAGUAUUGGACAGCGCCAGACCCUAACCAAAAUCAACAAGAAUCUAAAACAGCUUCAUAGCGAUGGACUAUCUCAGUUUCAUUGUUUUUCAAUAUUUAUAAUUCUUGAUAAGAAUUUUUUUGGGGGGUUAGAGGUUCAUAUACGUAAGGAUUUUACACAUCAAUGAAGGUCCUAUACAAGCACAGAAGUUCGCCUUUCAGUGGGUCCUGAAUCUUCUAUUCUUCUCAGAUAAAUAGCAUCAAAACGCCUGUAUGAUGAAACUGCCCUGUUCGACUAUUGUUGAUUCUCAAUUUUGUUGUAAAGUCUUUCUAUUAAAAACUGGCAUUCGUAUAUGAAUAAUUAUGAGCAGUCGAGCAUUAUAUAAAAUCGACAUUGUCCAAUACCUUUA